AUGUCCCAACCAUCUGCCCCUGGCGACGACGAUUUGGCCACGAUUCCGUUGGUAGAAGAUCAAGAAACAAACAAAGAUGACACCGAAUUGGCUGCACUCAAUUCCCAAGGCGAGGAAACACGAGAAGCCCUGAAUGAGGUUCCCCAUGAUCCAGAGUCAUCCAAACCCCAGGAGCCAGAGCCAGUACCUGAGCAGCCAGCUGAGCCUCGUGAAGAGGACCUUAAUCCUACUUUGGCUCAGUUUAUGUCUGCUUGUCAAGUCGGUGAUCUCGACACAGUGAAGGAUCUUAUUUCUUCUAAGAAGGUUAGCGCUUCAGAUACUUUCAGUGAAGGCGUGACUGGUUUGCAUUGGGCAGCCAUCAACAACCGCUUGAGUGUGGUGAAAUACCUUAUGGAGAAUGAAUACUCCAAGGGUGAUCCCAACGCAAUUGGCGGGAACUUGCGUGCUACGCCUUUCCACUGGGCUUGUAGGACAGGCUUGGUGUAUGUGGUUGACUACUUCCUUACCAAGACAGAUGCUGAUCCUACGUUGAAGGAUUCACAGAACUAUAAUGCAUUACACUUGGCGGUGCAUAGCUCCAAUAUUACUUUAUGUAUCUAUAUUCUUUUGAGCUGCGUGGUCGGGGGCGAUCCUAUUAACAGGAUAUACAUUGAUGAACCAGAUUCUAUUCAGUGUACCCCAUUGCAUUGGGCUUCCUACCAGGGUGAUAUCCUCACGGUUAAUGCCUUGCUAAAGUAUGGUGCUGAUGUGAAUAAGACAGAUCAGACCCAGAUGACACCUUUGCAUUGGGCGUUCAUCAGAGGAUACAAAUCCGUUCUUGCUGCGCUCUUGGAAGCUGGAUCCGACAUAUUUCAUAAAAAUGAUAAGGGCAAAGACUCGUUUGGGGUUAGUGAAGAUAUGAACUGCCUGAAGACGUGGUUGCAAGUGUUGCGUGAGGCCAACAGAGAUCCGAAAAACAACUGGCAGCCACGUAACCAUAUCUUACCUGCGAAGGCAGCCAAGGUGGUGACUUUUCUUACUCCCUACGUUUUGCUACCAAUCGUGUUCAAGAUUUGCAACUUCAGCAACGGCCUUGCCAUCCCUGAAAUAUUCUUUUCAGGUAUUCUUUUCGGCGCUGGUACUUUGGCCACAAAAUUGUUUUUGCUUCCCAUCUAUCUGCCAAAAGACACUAGCGUGUUGAAGAGUCCCUUUUUGGCUGGUCUUUUCUCGGGAACAGCCUUUUGGUGUAUUCUUGUCUGGUUCUUCGUCAUACUACCGGCUGUCUUCUUCAAGCGUUUUAUUGCAAGUUUGGUGGUGGCAGCAUCAGCCACUAUCUUCUCCUACACUUUCUUUAAGGCCAUGUUUAUCAACCCAGGAUACGUUCCAGUCCCAACUGAUACCGAUCAGGUACUUCGUGACGUGAAAGACCUUAUUGCGCUUGCCAGGUUUGACACUGAACACUUUUGCGUGAACACCUUCGCUAGAAGACCUUUAAGAUCAAAGUUUUCGAGAUUCAGUAAUCGUUUGAUUGCCAGAUUUGACCAUUUCUGUCCAUGGGUCUACAAUGACAUUGGUGUGAGAAACCAUAAGCUCUUUCUUACGUUCACUUACUCGCUUGCCGUCGCCAUUAUUCUGUUUUUCCUUCUGUCGUUGAAGUACUUUGACGAUGUCAGCCAUGGGCUGGGAUAUGAUUCAGAUGUUGAAGAGCGUUGCCACCUUUUAAGCGAGGAUUUAUGCAAAGGGUUCUAUAACCACCCCUUUGUCUUCAACCUUAAUAUCUGGUGUUUGUUUAACUUUGUUUGGCUUGGCUUCUUAUGCAUAGUACAAACUUUCCAGGUCCUCAAGGGAUUGACUACAUGGGAGUUCAGCUCUCUCAACAACCGUGUCAGCAACCCGAUGUAUAAUCAUUCCACAGUUCCUACCGAUUUCGAUGGCCCUAGACCUGCUACUACAUCAGCACAACCAAUGGGUAGAGGCCAUAAUCAUGGGUUUGGCACAUGUGCAAAGCUUCUUGGAUUGGACCAAUUCAACAUAACAGUGAAACUCGCAAUUGCUUCGCUAUUGAGAAAAUCUCAUCUGGAGACUCCAAGUCCUCUCGAGAACUUACACAUUCCUACCGACUUUGGCUGGAAGCAGAACUGGUUGGACUUCUGGUUCAUCGGUGAACCAACCUGGAGAAACGCCUUCUACUUGCCCAUCGAAGGAGAAAACAAUCUCAACGGGCAAAUUGUGGACUACUACAAGUUGUAUGAAUAUCCUAACGCAGGAGACGAACACGUCUAA